UGUGGACAGUGGGGUGAAGCACAUGCCUUUUUGGCUCAUUCUCUUCACUUUUCAGCACUCUUGUUUUCUGGACACACUUAAAUGGGAUUUUUCAUUUCACCGUCCAACAUAAUCAAAAAAGUAACAACCUGUUCAUUAGGAGUUCUGCUAUGAAAAGGAGCUAACCGAAGCCUGCACAAGGUGGCUCAGUUUGGCCUUAAUCCCAGAGACAGAUGACAAUACAUACUUCACAUUUACAGUGUACGAGUUCAGACAGACCUCUGGGUUUCACCGGCAGAAUGAUGCCAACCUUGGCCCCACACAUACCAGUACCACGGCCCUCCUAUUCGCAGGCCCGGGAGAACCUGGUGAAGGCUAUCCCACCCAGGCUCCUGUGUCUGCUGGCCUGUGGAGGGAUAGACUGUCGUUAUGAAGGACCAGAGUGUUGGAAGGCAAACCAGCAGGCCAUUCGAGGCCUUUUCUCCUCUUGGGUGACAGAUGAUAUUAUAGCAAUGGCACGACCAUCAACGCAUCUAAUUGAGAAAUAUGACAUCAUUGAACAAUUCAAAAGGUUAAACAUCAAAUCUAUCAUCAACAUGCAGCUCCCUGGGGAGCAUGCUCACUGUGGACCUCCCUUAGAACCGCAAAGUGGCUUCACAUACUCCCCACAAAUCUUCAUGGACAAUGACAUUUACUUUUACAACUUUGGGAUGCCAGAUUUUGGUGUGUCAACUCUUGUUGGUAUGAUUGACGAGGUGAAGGUUUUGGCCUUUGCAGUGAGAGAAGGAAGAGUUGCUGUGCACUGCCAUGCAGGCCUUGGCAGGACUGGUGUUCUGAUCGCCUGUUACCUGGUCUACACCCUGCGUAUCAGCCCAAGUGAGGCUGUCCACUAUGUGCGCAUUAAACGACCUCGUUCUAUCCAAACCCGUGCACAGAUCAGCCAGGUGUUUGACUUUGCACGCCUGCUAGGUACACAGCUAGUCCAGUAUCCAGACCUCAGCCUGAGGCACGGAAACCCUUUUACUCUGCAGCACUACAUAAACCGACAGGGAAUACUGCUGCAUGGUCAGGAGGCUCGCACCCUCAGAUACACACCAAAGGUGGUGUACCUCCUCUGUGUGCGUCUGUCCUGCUUAGCCAUGGGUCUUCCCACUCCUCCAGAGGUACAUGCUGAACUAGACAAGAGAGCAGCACUGAAGGUCCUGAGCAGGGCUGUGAAGGAGACCCUGGUGGCCAGACAGUACCUGCCCUUGUUACGAGAGGGGCGUAAGGGCUCUUGGGUGAGCUCAGGGUCCGUGUCCUCCUGGGAUGAGCCACUGGGAUUCUUAGAAAGAAAGAGGGAGGUUCUGCUGGACAAACGCAGCUAUAGCGACUCUGACCUCAGCAAGAUCGCAGUAAAUGAGGACCUGGACCUGAGUCCAUACUGUACCACAGGAAUUGGAAAUGACAGAAACUGGUGUGUUGAGGAUCUGUUACGAUCUGAUUUGACCCCAGUUAGUCCAAAACGUGCUGCACAAUCACCUGGCCUGAAGACUACCAAAACAAUUCAGACUCUUGGUGAUGCGAUCUCAAAAAACAACAACUAUGCUAGAAGGUCCAAGUGCACAGCAAAAAAAACACUCCCCAAACUCACUUCAAACUUUGAGUUGUGCAGAAAUCCACACAAUUCAGGUCCAACCUCAAUGGCUCGAGUUGUGGCUAAGGCAAUGGCAGACCAAGGCCUUCCUGGAGAAACUGUUCUGCAAAGAUCAGCCCUACUGCAGGAGGAACUGAACAGUAGUGACUGUGCCUGGGCCCUCCUGGUCACUGAGUCUGACCCUCAUGUUCUCAGCUGUCUGUUGUGGACCUGGCUGGAGAAGUUAAGGGAUCCUGUACUGAGUGCAGACGACAUAGAAAAGUUACGCUGCGGAGCAAACAACAGGAAGCCUCUCAGUGUGCUCAAGAAGCCACAGAGACACACCAUCUUUUGCUUAUUGAGCUGUGUGAGCACAGUGACCGGUCUGUGUCCACACAGAGAGGAUGCAGUACUGCAGCGCCUGAUGCGGGCGCUUACAAGGCGCCCCUAUGAGGAAAUGGGAAGCCUUGAAUCUUUGUUGAAAAUCUUAAAGGACAGCCAGAGAGAAACCUUCCACAAUUAUAGAUACAUUAAAAGGGCCUGCAGCACUGUUGCUACAGUUUGAGCAGCGAUGAAAUAUAAGAAAAUACAGAAGUUAUUUUAUUGUAAAAGUUUCCAGUUCUUUUUGUCUGGAUAACUAUAUGUUUGGAGAACUGAAUUAUUCUGACAGGCUGUUGCUCCUUAAGUAUUUUCCUCUUUACAAAAUUGCACUAAUACAUUGUGGUCACAUUGUUACAAUCAGUUGUCUCUAUAUUUAAAAUAAAUAAAAAAUAUCUUAAUAAAAUAAAAUACAAUAAAGAGCAGAGUCUUUUACACACUGCUGCUAGGAACAGUAAGAGCACAUAAUGCACAGCAAUGUAAGCAUAAACUGAUCAGAUUAAUCAGGUAGAUGCAUUACUAGUUUUAUAUUCCAAUUUAUUAUAAUAAAAGUUAUAAGAAAAAAAGAAAGAAAAAGAAGGCUUGGGCUCUACAGUGUAUCAGUCAAGAUAUAAAGGAGUAUGAUCAAAACAGAAUUUAGAAAAGUACUGAUUUUAAAUAUAUUUCUUUUCAUGUUUAAUUUCAAAAACAUGCAAAGCUACCUUAGAGCCUGUUGUUGUUACAGCCUUUUAUACCAAAUAAAUCACUUACACCAUC